GCCCCCCCCACCUCUCGCGGAAGCUGCGGUUGCCAUUUGUUGAAGAAGGACGUCUCCUCAGUCUGCGGCAUCGGCUUCUCUGCCCUCGACGCGGCUUUCUUGACGAUCGUACUGCCGUAGUAGUAAUCGGCGUGUUCUGCCUUUGUACUUGAAGCAAGUCGCGUCCUCUCCACCCAUUCCCCCUUCUUCUCAAGCCCGUGAAGCGAGCGAGAUGCGUCAAGUCAUGGUGGGCCUGGCAGUGCUGCUGUCGCUGGGACUCAGUGAGUUUGGAGGAGCGGGCGUAAAUGCCGCCCCUCAGAAAUGCACCUACGGCCCGAGCUACUGGUGCCGCGACCUCCGCAGCGCCACCGAGUGCAGCGCCGUGCAGCACUGCGCUCAGACCGUGUGGAACAAGCCCACCGCCAACAACCAGCUGUGUGAUACUUGCAAGGAGGUGGUGACGGUGGUGCGGGACAUGAUGCUGGGAAGUGCCACGGAGGCUCAGUUGAAGGCGUACCUGGAAAGUGCCUGCUCCAUGAUGUCCGAUCCAGGACUCAGUUUCCGAGUGCCAGAAGUUGGUGGACAAUUACCUGGACAAUGUUUUGGACAUGCUCAAGCAUCAGAUGGACCGAGUGUGGUGUGCACAGCCCUGAACAUUUGCAAGACCCAGCAGUCUGUGAACGAGCAUCGAAUCUCCACCAACGACAUCCCCGUUCCCGAGGUUCCCAUCCUGGAGAUGCUGGAGGAGAAGUUGAAGAAGGGGAACGGCGACGUGUGUCACGACUGCGUGGCGUUCCUCAAGGACGUGCAGGACCUUAUCAAGAAGAACCGCUCCUAUGCCGAUGCGCUCAUCGACGCCGUCUCCAAGCAGUGCGACAUGCUUGGGCCUGACAUGUCCGACGUGUGCAAGCAAUACGUGUCUGCCUACGCCGACCAGAUGGUGCAGAUGUUCAUGGGCUCGUCACCAGAGGUCCUGUGCGGUGGUGUGGGCGUCUGUUCCAAGGCCAAGCACUCUCCUCUUUUGAGUCUGACCCCCGCGCUGUCCAUCAAGCAGAGCCGUGUGCCGUCGCUGAAGGGAGGACCAAAUUGCGUCAUCUGCGAGUUUGUGAUGGAGAAGCUUGAGGAGCUGAUCGGCAACAACAAGUCUGAGGCAGCAAUUGUCAAGGACCUGGAGCUGGUGUGCUCCCACCUGCCCAGCACCAUCGCCAGCGAGUGCAAGGAGUUUGUGGACACGUACGGGCGCGCCGCCAUCGAGCUGCUAGUGCAGGAGCUGGACGCCGGAACCGUGUGCACCUUCCUCGGCCUCUGCAAGAGCGAGGCGCGCCAGCUGGCUCUGGCGAGAGUGAUGCCAGCAAAGCUGGCCGGUGGCACCUUCUGCGAGGCGUGCAAGCUGCUCGUCAGCUACCUGGACUCCAUGCUGGGGCAGAACGCCACCAAGGAGCAGAUUGAGCAGGCGCUGGAGACGGUGUGCUCUUUCCUGCCCGACGCGUUCCAGCAGCAGUGCGACUCACUCGUGGAGCAGUACGGGGAGCUGCUGGUGCAGCUGCUGGAGCAAGCGCUGGACCCCGACUUCGUCUGUAACAAGCUGGGAGCGUGCAUCGCAGCGCGUCACGCGACCCCGCUGGGGCUGGAGGAGUGCACCUGGGGCCCGUCUUUCUGGUGCCAGAGCAAGGAGAACGCACAGCGCUGCAGCGCGGAGGAGCACUGCAAGCGCCACGUGUGGAACUGAGCGAUCGUCUGAACGAGACCGCCACCCUCACCUCUCUCUGAUCUCUCGCCCCACACUCCACUCUUCAUCCCACACUUCCCUCCGCACGCACCCCUCGGCAUAUCCCUCCAUGCGCACCUCUCCGCCGCAAACCCGCGCCCCUUCCUCGCACGCCAUCCGCUCACGCCCUGUCCCGCGGGUCCCUCCACGCACGCCCCUCCACGCACAUCGGGCCGUGCUCGCCGCCACCUCUGCGUACACCCACCCGUGCUCACCGCCCCUCCGCGUACACUCGAACCCCUCCACGUGUCCAGACUCGCUCUCCGCCAUCAUGUCGACUGGGUGGAAUGUGCUCCACUCGUGUGAACGUGAGGGCACGCGCGUCUUCAAGUCUGUAUCGGGACGCGUGAGGGUGUGCUGCUGGGAGGUGUGCGUGGUGUGUCUGAUGCUGGUCUCGCGGGGGGGGGGGGGGGGUGGUGGUUUGGCUCGCUGCUGCCAAAGCUUCUCGGGGUACAGUGAUCCCUGCCCAGUCUGCAGCGGAUUUCACAAACGUCACUGUUUUUGCCUUUGGCGCAGUUUUUCUCUUCCCAAUUUAGUGUUGAUUUUUGCAGGUUUGAUAAUUAAUUUGAUUUCUUUACUGGGGGUUCUAAUCUUCAAAUUUGUAACUUUGAUUUUAACGCGUUACUUAUACCGGUCGGAUAAAAAUGUACAUGUAAUAUUUGCCGAUUUAUGAGAAUGUACUUUGGCGUGGUAGGAUUGUAGCUGCUUUCUCUUUUGAAUGUUCAAAACCGUUUAACGUUUGAACGAUUUUGAAAACCAUUUUCUUGACUUGGGUAGUGGGGGGGAGUAAUGUUUUUCUCCCUCUGCCUUCGUUUCAGCUUGACGAUGACGAUGCAUCAUUUGAUUUUCUGGCCGAGAACACAAUUUGCUUUGUGCACAGCUCCUAACGAGAUGGUGGGGGGGGGGGGGAGUUCUGCAGAGGUCUGCACCGCAAUCACUUUGGCCGAACUGCUCUGCACAACGGAGCCAAAUUUGCAUUUUCAUUUCACCGCAAAGGAGCGUUCUAUUUGACAAGUUAGAACCUUGCGUUGUAGCAGCGAUGGCCAAAAGUGUUUGCGCCCCCCCCUCCUCCUCGCUUGUCCCCGUCGCCUACCAAUCCUGAUGCCCACCGUUUGCCCGGGUCCGAAAUGGUCUCGUUGAAUAUAUCAAAAGGAUAAUACACUUGUGUUUUUGCACACAACCAAUCGUCACCUGUCUCGCGCGUGAGCACGACACUUGUUUUGCAGGUUUUUAAAGGAAUGAAAUCGGCUCCUUCAUGGCUUAGCAGGUGCCGUAGAUUCUGGAACGUAAUGUUGACUAAAUAAAGCCUGUAACGUGAA